AUGAGUGCAAUACAAAACACCGUCAAUUCAAAGAGUUCAUUACCAGCUUUAUAUGGUGUGAAGAUCAAAACUAGAAAGAGCCAGCAAAAAGCUCAGGCAAAAUACGAGCCAACUGUUUUUAGAGACGGUAUUUUAAAAGCACUUUCUAACGCUCAGCCUGGCGAAUUUGAAGAUAUUUCCCAGAAAUUGGAUAUUGCAGGCAAUUCACUUGAUUAUAGAAAAUACGGUGAAACUUUAUUUGAAGUUCUUCUUACUGGCGGUGUACUAGCACCCGGAGGUACAAUUCUUGAAGAUGGAGCAAAACGCAGUCCAUUUUAUAUAUUUUCGGCAGAAGAGAACAGUGAAAGCAUCAAAAAACAUGUUGAUGUUUUCAAUAAGCUGAUCAGACGUUACAAGUAUUUGCAACGUAGUUUUGAAGAUACAGUUAAAAAUUUGCUCCAAUACACCAAUAAAUGGGGUUCUUCGGAUAAUAACAAACUUGCUAUGGCAAUUGGUUUGUUUACUUCCAGUCAAAUGAUAAACAUUAAUGUCUUGACUGUUUUGUUCAAAGAACAUCUCGUCAAAGAAGGACUCUCUCUCCAAUUUGUAACCGCAGUCUUUAAAGCCUAUCUCAGUGAGCAGAGCAUUGACCACCUAGGUAGCUCUCUUAAAAAGGCAGGAAUAGACAACAAACUUAUGGAGUUCUUCCCACCCAAUAAACGUGAUGAAGAGUACUUUGCUCGUUAUUUCGAGGCUGAGGAUAUGAAACCGCUUGUCGAAUAUCACAAUCAAAAACAAAAGAAUUCGUUGAAAGAACAAACUGUUAUACGUGCCAAAGAUAUGUUGCAAUCUGGGGCUACUCCCGCAGAGAUAAUUAAUUAUCUUAAGCAUCAAAUGAAGGAAGGUAGUUGGCAAGAAUCGGACUUUGUUAAAAUCAUUUGGGAUUCCGUUAUGCAAGCUGUAGAUUGGGGUUCUAGACCAGAACAAAUCGAAACUCAAGCCUUGCGUCAAGUGAAGCAAUGUUCUUAUAUUCUUUCCACAUUUUCAACCAACCCGAAAACUGAGCUUUCUCUUUUGCAAAAAGUUCAAGUUUAUUGUUACGAGGAUACAAAGUUGUUAAAACAUUUUCGUCAAAUAGUUCAAAUUUUAUAUGAUGAAGAUGUCAUUUCAGAAAGUGCUAUCUUGUAUUGGUCAGAAAAAGGUGCCAGUAAUCAAGGCAAGACAGUAUUUUUAAAACAAAUGGAGCCUUUUAUCCGGUGGCUCAAAACAGUUUCCAGCGAGAGUGAAGACGAGUAA